AUGACCCCAACAAUUUUAAGAGGAGGAGGAGUACCUAUUGGCAAAUAAAUUUGGGAUUUAAAUUUAGAUAAAAUAAGAAAUCCCACUGAAGAAAAUUUUACAAACACUCUUUAAUGGUUAUCAUAUUAAAAUAAAAAAAUUUAAAAAAAACUGGAGAUGAUUGUCUAAUAAGAGAAUAAGGAAAAUUUAAAUGAAUUAGAGGCUAAGGGAUAUUAAGAGAAAAUAAUUAAUUUAAAUAAAUUAGAGAAAGGCCUAUCAUCCAUUUUAAUGAGCAUUAAAGAAUUUGCACCUACAUCCUUAUUGAAAGUUAUUCAACUACUUAAUUUUUGUAUAGAUUUAUCAAUAGGAAUAAUUAAAUAUACAAUUAGAUGUAAUUAUGUGCUUGAAAUUGAUAAAUAAUUAUUGUUAAAUUAUAUUUAAGAUUUGGAAACCAAUGACUGUUUCAAGCUCAAUUUAGGGAGUGGAUUUUUCAUACAACUAUUUAUCCUUAAAACUGCAAUAUCAUUAACACCAACAAAUGAAGAAGAUUUAAGAAAUUUGAUUGAAUUAUUUCCUACAGAAUUUCCAAAAUAUUAAUAUCAAUACAUAAAAAAAGAGGAUAAAGAAUAAGCGAAAAACUAAUUGAAUGAGAUAAUAGAUAAAGUGUGUGAAUCUAUUGUGCUUUGUGACAAUUUUUAAACAAAUCAUGAAAAUUGCGAUUAUCAGAUCAGGAAUAUGUUCAAAUAAUUCUAUCUCUUUGAGAAAUUAAAAUCAUUUAUUGAGAUGGAAAUUUCUAAAUUAGAUACUGUUAAAAUUACAUAAUUAUGCUUGUAAAUUGAAGAGUUAUCCAAGUUUAUUAAUUAUUCCAAAAAUCAAAUCAGUCAUUAUUUUUGGAUGAAUCUAAUAUCAAAACUCUUAUAUGGUUAAUUAUCAAUAUUGGUAAAAAUUGAAAAAAAAGAAAAACAAAUUAAUUGUUUUUGUGGUUAUUAAUCGGAAACCAAUUUAAAAAUUCUUGAGUAAGGGGAAAUUUAGAAAUAGUUAUUGUGGAGAUUCAAAAGUUAAAUUUACAAGAUUAGUUUUCAAUCUCCUCUUAUUUUUGAAAGUGAUUUCAAACUUCAAAUAGCUGAAAAUUACAACUCAUAAAAUUCAACUUUAAAUUUUUUAAAGUAUGCCUUGAGCACUGAGAAUAUUUUGAAAUACUUGAUCAAUCUUCAAACUGAAACAAAUAUUUUAGAAUUAAAAAGAAUUCAAUUAAUUAAAGAUAUCAAAUAAUUAUUGAAAGACUCUACAAUUAUUAAGUAUAAUUAAGAAUAUAGAAAAUUAUAAAUAUAAAAAGUAAAAGAUAUGAAUAAGGAUAUUAAAUUUAUUUAAGUGUAAUUCUAAUUUAUAGUACUUGAAUGUUUCAAUAUUCUAUAAGAAUUUGGUUCAUUUUUUAAAUUGAUAACAAUUUACGAGUAAGCUUUUAAUUUAAGUGAACAUAAAAUAAUUCUUAAUUAAAUCAUAAAAUAAUAAGACAAAUAAAAUUUUCUUGAUUUAAAAGUUGAUAUUCUAAAUGAGGCUAAAAAUAUCAAUUUGGAAAUACAUGGAUAUAUAGAAUUUUUAAAGCGCAUUUCCUUUGUUAAAAAUAGAAAAUUAGAAUUAGAGGAAUUGGAUUAAUUGAAAAAAGAGUUAGAGAAUUUGAAAAAGUAAAAUCUAAAAUACUUAAUGAUAAACUUAAUUGAAUAGGCGAAAUAAUUAGAAGAAAACUUAGUAAAAUUUAAGAAGACUUGUUUUUAAUCAAUUUAAAAUUAAUAUAAGCCAAAUAAAAAUUUUAAUUUUUGCAAUUUCUACUAAAACAACUCUUUUACAAUAAAAGAAUUUUUGAAAAUCAUCAUUUAUUUGAAAGAAACUUCCGGAAAGCUAGUAUUUCAAGAAACUAUCAAGAUUUUAAUUUAGGUGAUAAAUUAAAAGGAUUUGCACUAAAAAUAAUAAAAAUAAAUAUUUGAAAAUAUAAUUUGUGAAACUGAAAAAGGAAUUAAAUUGCUAAGCUAAUAUUAAAAAUUUUAUGAAUCUAUUGAAUCCUUUAAUUAGGAAUAGAUUAAAAUUAUUAUUCUUUUAGAAAUUGAGAGAAUAAAAAAGAUUAAAAUGAAAGUUGAUCAAAUAACAAAUAACUAAGAAGAAAUUAAUCAAAUAAAUAAUAAUAUUGAAAGUUUAAUUUAACAUCAAUAACUAAUUUAAUUGGAAAAACUAGAAAAGGAUCAAAAUGUUUCAAUUAUCAAAUGUAGUACAGUUAAAUAAUUGUAGUUUUUAAAGAAUAUUUAAUAACAACUUAAAACAUUAAAGUUCGAAUUUGAAACUGAAAAUAAGGUUAUUGAUGAAAUCAGAAGUUUAUUAAAAAACUAAAAUAUUGAUUUUUAAUAUUUAAAUGAGAAGUUGAAUAAUAUUAGACAUUUCACAAGUCAAAAUAUCUUAAAUCCCAUAAACUAUAAACUUUGAUGAAGGAUUAUUUUGCUACUUUUUUCAACAAUUAAUUAAUUGGCGAGCAAUCUCAGGUUUAAUUUACUCAUUCAAACUUUAAAUGACUAUAACAAAAAGAGAUUAAAAAAAAAUAGAUUAUGAAUCCUUUGAUUAAGAUGAUUCUGAUCUAUAUGACUAUAAAUCUAAUUCAUGUUGGAUUUUAUAAAAUUAUAAUUGCUUUUUUCAAUUUAAAGAAGGUUUAAUUUAUGAAUUAAUAAAUAUUAUAAGCUUAUGUUCAGUUUAAGAUAUCAAAAUAAUGGCAUUUUGUAAAAUAUUGGAUAUUUGGAAGUAUGAGACUAAAUCUAAUGAGCUUUCUUUAUUUCAACAUGAAAAACUUAUGGAAUUAUGUUUUAAUUAUAUAAACAAGCAACAAUCAUCAAUUUAAAAAUUUUUUAAUGAUAAAGAACUCGAGGUAACCAACAUAAACACAUUAAUAGAAUUUUUGGUGUAGUAUUCAAUAAAUGAAAAUCUUAUUAAUGCAAUGAAUCAUAUGAAAUAACAAUAUUACAAAACUAAAAAUUAAGUAGGAAGCUAAUAAUUAAAUUUCCAAAAUGAAUUGAAUAAGUUUAAAGUGUAAAUUCUGAACUAAUAAAAUUUUUUAAUUUUCAUACCAAUUUUGUGCAAAGAAAUAAACAAAUUUGAUGAAUCAGUUUUUACUCCACUUUUUUCAAAUGAAACAUGUAUUUUUGAAAAUAAAAUAUAGGGUUUCUUAUCAAAAACAAAUUAAAACUAAAUGUUAUUUAUUUAUGGACAAGCUGGAUCAGGCAAAAGCUAUAUUUUAAGGAAAAUUGAAGAAAUUAUAUGGAAUUAAGAGGGAUGUUGUUAAUUUCCUAUAUUUGUACCCUCAUCUAAUGAAAAUAAAUCAUCAACAUUAUUUAUUGAUAAUAUUUUAUAAGCGCUACCAUAUUCAUUUACUUCGUCCUAAGUAUAAUAAUUUAAAUAAGCAGUUUAUACAAAUUAAAAUGAUAUCAUCUUAAUUAUAGAUAAUACCAAUUAUCUUGUUGAUUAUGAUUUCAUUAGAAAAAUAUAAAAUGAUUGGAAGAACGUUAAAUUUAUUUAUUCUAUAAAAUCAGCCCCAAUAUGUAUUAAAACAUUAAAAAAAAUAAAUACUAUUUCUAAAUUAAUUUAAAUUAAUUAAUUUUAACUACUGCCAUUUGGUGAAAUCUAAGUGAAAGAAUAUAUUUCAUAGUAAUUGUUUAAUCAAUUCUUAAUGAAGUAAAAGAAAUAAUCAAAUAAUAUAAAUAAUUCAGCUUUUUUUAAUGAUUUAGAAGAUUUAAAAUUAAAAUUUAGAAAAAAUGAUAUUAUGAGGUUAAUUGAUUUUUUUAACAUAAAUUUACUUUAGAUCACUCCAUUCUAUCUGAAAAUACUGUUAGAUGGGUUUUCAAAAUUUGAAAAUUUGAAUUCAAGUAUUAAAAUUUUUAAACGUAAUUUUCUUGAAAGAUAUUCAGAAAUUUAGUAAAGAAAAAAGCUUAUUGAAAAUUAUAGGUAAAUAGAUGAUAAUUACUGGAAAACUGAAAAAUUUUAGGAUUAAAAAAUUUAUAAUGCUAUCAAAAUUGAAUCCUAAAGAAAAUGGGAAAGCCUUGAUUUCUAAAAGUUGAAGAAUUUAAUAUUUUUCGAAUCUUUAACAAACGAUAAGAUAAUUUAGGAUAAUCCUCACACUUUAAUUUAUUUCCAAAACCUUAAAUUGAUUGACAUUUAUUAAUUAUUUGUUGAUUUUUGUUUGGAAGAGCACUAUACAGAAGAUAAUCUAAUUCAAAAGAAAUAACUUAAAAAAAUAUUAAGGAAUAUCACUUUAGAAAUGUAUAAAAAUGAAAUAAACCAAUCCAUACCGAUAUCAUAGCUUAGGAAUUACUCAGAUAUUUAAAAGGACAAACUUUUGAAAAUUUAAUUCCUCUAAUGUAUAGAAGGAUAGGCUAUCUAAUUUAUUAAUAGUUAAAUUUCUGAUUACUUUGUCAUUACAUAUAUACUCAAAUUUUUUUAAAAAGCCCCGCAAUUCCAAUUUUAUGUUCUUAAUGGAGUAAUUUCUUAAUUAAAUCAAGAUCAAAUGAGUUACACAUACGAAAAACUCAAAGAAAAAUUACAAAAUUCCAGAUUAGUAGAUGAAAAAGAUUUAUAAUUUAUUAAUUAUGCACAUUCUGAAAAACUUAAUAAAAUAAAUUUCUCUACAUUGUAAUUUGAAGGAAUUUUAAAGUUUUUGCAUUAUUAAAUAAGAUAUUGGUUGCCAGAAUUAGAAAAUCAAUUAAUCACAAUUAUUAGAUUAUCUUCAUUAUGUAAUGAAUUUGUUUAAGUGUCUUCAAAUUGUUUAUUUUUCUAUUGCAAAAUAUUUGGUGCUUUAUAAAAUAUAGAUUUAAGCAAAAUAAACAUUUCUAAUAUUAAAAUGAUUGGAUUGUCUUUUUAUAAAGUUAACUUAUUUGGAAGCCUAUUUUCUAAUGUUGAUAUAAGCAGCUGUGCAUUUAAUUAAUCAAAUUUAGAAUUAUCAAAAUGGAAUAACAUUAAUUUUAUUUAAUAAUUUGAAAUUGAAACAUCAGAAUUUACUUGUAUUGGAAUUUCACCUGAUGGAUUAUAAUUCUCAUCAGGGUAAAAAGACGGCAAUAUUAUAUUAUGGGAUAUUAAAGGAGGUUUAUAAAUAGGAAAACUUUAAGGUCAUUUGAAUGAAGUUGAAUCAGUUGCUUACUCAUCAGAUGCAUUAAAAUUGGUUUCUGGCGGAAGCGAUUCAUUACUAAUUCUCUGGGAUAUUGAUUUACAGAAAGAGCUAUUUAAAAGGAAUGAACACAAAUGUAAAAUUUUGGCUGUUGUGUUUUCAUAAGAUAAUAAUCUUAUUGCAUCAAGUGAUAUAAGCAGCUUAAUUGUGAUUGUUAAUAUAAAUCAAAAAAAUGUUCUUCUGCAAUUUAAACUAAACAUUAUGCUAACAAAAUAAAUUUACUUUUUUGAUAGAGAUCAGUAUUUGAUAUUUGGAAGUAUAACUAGAAUAAUAAAACUAUGGAAAAUAGAUUUAUAAAACGGCAAAGAUUUUGCUCUAAAAAAUAAUCACAAAGACUUGAUAAAUUGUAUAGCGAUAUCUUCUGAUUAAAAGUUUAUAGCUUCAGGUAGCAAAGAUAAUACUAUAAUCAUUUGGAGUAUUCUAAAAAUUGAGGAAAUAAAUUAAUUGAAAGGUCAUACUAAAUAAAUAAAUGAUAUUAAAUUUAAACAUUAGAAUACUUAAUUGAUUUCCUGUAGUUCAGAUUAAACAAUAAGAAUAUGGAAUUUAUAGAAUAAUUAAGAAAUAGUAAGAUUGUAAUCUCAUUCUUCUGAAGUUAAGUAAAUUUUGUUAACUUCGAAUGAGUAAAUAUUGAUAUCAUACAGUUCUGAUUCGUCAAUCAAACUUUGGGACAUAGGUUGCCAUUGUGUCCAUUCAAAAUUUAUAAAUUACCCAGAUUAAACUGUGAAUUUAUUAAAAUUUUCUUCAAAUGAGGAAUAUCUGGCCAUAGCUCUUUAUAAUGAUAUAGAAAUAUGGAGUGUUAUAAAUUUCAUAAAAAUCAAUUAACUUCUUGGCCAUUCUCAAAAAUUAACUGCAAUCAUAUUUAGCAAUAACGAUAACCAAAUUAUUUCUUCUAGUUUGGACAAAACAAUAAGGGUCUGGUCAAUUGAUACUGGAGAAUAAUUGUAUUUAUUCUAUGAUGGUUAUGGAAUAAAUAGUUUAAUAUAUUUCUCUAAUCUAAAGAAAUUUGUUUACAUAAGUCAAGAUGAAUUAGUUACUUUUGAUGAUUCAUAUGAAUAAAAAAGAGAAUAAUUAAAGCAUUUAGAUAAUUUUUCUCCUUUUAUUUUAUCUUAAAAUAUGUAACUCUUACUAUUUAAAAAUGAUUUGAAAUAGUUAAUGCUAAUUGAUAUUCAAAGAAACUUUUAAACUAGAUAUUUAGAUUUAUAAAAUAACUAUUCAAUCGACAUGUGCAAUUCUUUUUCAAAAGAUAUGAAAUAUAUCGUAUUUCCUAUUCAAGAUAAAAACAUUUGUAUUUUAAAUUUAGAAGUUUUAGAAUAUAAAAUAGUAGAAGGUCAUACUGAUAAAAUUAUAUCAUUAGAGUUUUGUAACAGCAAAACUUUUGUGUCAGCUGAUUUUAACAAAACUAUAAUAUUUUGGAAUAUUCAAAACAUACAUAAUAUAAGAAUAAUCUAUCAAAAAGAUGAUCUUGAAAGUCCUAUUAAUUGUCUAGCAUUUUCAGUCAAAAAAUCAAUUCUAACAGCUUCCAACUUAUCGAAUUAAAUCAUCUUCUAUAAAGUUGGAACAGAUAUAGCAACCCUAUCUUAAGAAUAAUCUAUAAAUAAUUUAUCAUUUUCAAAUGAUGGAUAGAUGAUAGCAGCAGCAGUAGGAAAAAAAUGUGAACUAAAAAUGUGGAAUUUUGAGACUAAAGAGGAAAUUAAAAUGAAUAUUUUUGAUGUCGAGCAUAUUAUAUUUACACCAGAUAAUAGAAAAUUAAUUCUGGUUAAAAAAUUAACCAAUACGCAUUAAAUAAUAUCACUUGAUCUUGAAACCAAAAGUCAAAAAGAAAUAACAAAAACUAAUUUUUUUAUAAAAUCUAUUGAUAUUUCUUCUAAUGGAUAAACAUUAGCUAUUUCUUCAGAUCAUAAAUUUAUUAACCUAUUUUAUUUAGAUGAAAAUAAAUUAGAAAUAUUAAAAUGUAAUUAAAAAAUAGAAAAGACAGAAAUCAUAAAAUUUCAUAACAUUUCUGAUUAAUUAAUAAUUAUUGAUGAUAAUAAAAUGAUUACUUAGAGUAUUUCAAAUGAGAAUUAUUGCUAAAGUAGAAAACUUAGCUCAAGAAUAACUUCAAUCACAAUAGCUCAUGAUGGAUAGAAAAUAGCUAUAUCUAACAUUGAUAAUGAGAUUCAUUUUUGGUUAUUCGAAAUAUAUAAAGAGAAAGCAACUCUAACUUCACAGAAGCUAGAAAACAAAAUAAACUGCCUUUGCUUUACUCAAGACGGAGAAUAUUUAGCAAUAGGGAGUUAGGAUCAUUCAAUUAGAAUUUGGCAUAUUGCAAAGGCUAUAUAAUGUUAAAAAUAAUAAAUUUAUGAUUUACUCAAAAAUUAUGGUUCCUCAUAGUUACCAAUUUUUAUUUAAUAAUGUGAAAUUUAUAGAUAUGAUGAUCAUCAAAAAGCGAUAUUUUAAUUAAUUUUUCAUCCUCUUAAAAAUAUCUUGGUUUCCAUUAGUGAAGACGGAGCUAUUAAGAUAAGAAAUAUUCAUGAAAUUUAAGAAACCUUUAAAAUAAAUAUUAGGAAAAAGCAAAAUUAUCCAAUCUCUUAUUCAGAAAAUGGAGAAUAUUUAGCAUUUUUAAAUUAUAAUGAUUAAGUUAUCAUAUGGAAUCUAAAUUAAGAUUAAUUAAUUAAAAUAUUGAGCAGUAAAGAUAUUUAGGAGGUUCUAUAUUUAAAAAUUUCUUAAAAUGGAGAAUAGUUAAUAUUAUAUUGUUAAUCAAAAAAAUUUAGACUUUGGAAUCUUUUAAGGGAUGAGCAAAUUAAAGAGUAUCACUAAGAGAUUUAAAUGUGCUAUUUUGAUUGUGAUUUCAACAAUAAUAUAGCCUAUAUAAAAGAAUAUAAAGAAAUAUUUAUAGUUAAUUGGAAAGGUAAUUUAUAAACUCAAAGUCCUAUGAUAUAAUAAGAUGUCAUUUCAAUUUAAUUGUCAAAAUAAGGUAAAUAAUUAGUUAGUAGCUCAUAUAAAGAAAUAUAUAUUUGGGCUUUAGAAGAAGAAAUGGUCUUACACACCAUUACAAUUAGGACAGAAAAUAACCCUAAUAUACAAAGAGUUAUUUUUAGAGAAAAUAAUGAAAAAUAAAUCAUUAGCUUAUAAAACGGGAAAGUUAAAUUUAUCAACAAAGAAACUCAAUAAGAAGAGUCAGGGGAAUAAACUUUAAAUGAAGAACUUAUUCUAAAUCCAUAUAACAAAUUCAAUUCAAUUAAACAUCAAAUAGGUUAUUAUAAAAUUAUCUCUUCAAAAUAAUAACAUUUAUCAGCUGAAUACUCAAUUAUUAGAAACUCUGAUUUUAGUUAUAGUUUGAUGUCAUAUAAAAAGUAAAUUAAGAUGGACCAUAUUAAAAUUAGUAUAAGCAAAACAUUUUUAAUUCUAUUUCUUUCCAGUAUGGAUUUUUUAUUUUUUAUGUAAGAAUGUCAUUAUCUGUAAUAAAUAAAAAAAAAAAGAGCAUAACUACCUUUCAAUAAAAAUAAUGCAUUAGGGCAAAUUAGAACUUGGCCCUAUUAUUUAGUUUUUAUAAUUGAAUUGAUGAUAAGAUUCUCUCAUUCAAAAAGCCUCAAACAUUAAUAAUUAAAUGCCUCAAAUCUUUUGUUGUAUGGAAUGCUUACUCCGUUCAAUAUAAUUAGGUGUUUUCCAAAAAGCCAAGAUAUUUAAUGUAUUUUUUAUCGAACUUUAUGA